AUGGCAGCUGGUGUCUCCAGGCUCCUACGAGGGGGGACAAAGAGUGCGGCCCGGCUGCGGACCCGAGCCCUCCACGCCCACCCGCCCAAGGCGGCCCCGCAGGGUCCGUGCCAGGCGCUGUGUCUCCUCUCCACUCCCUGCCAGGGCCCCUCCGCUCAUCUGCUCACUCUCGGAACUCCUGAAUGGGUCUUUGUGUGCGCCCCAGGAGCUGGCUGGGCAGAGCCCCGAUCGAAAAGCUGGACCGAGAUAUCUCCUCUGGGUCCAGGCGCCGCUCGGCGCACUGCCCAUCUUGUGGGAGGCAGGUCUUUAUUUUGCCGCUGGCCUGUUCUGUUAUCUGGGAGCGAGCUGGGGCCCUGGUGA